AUGGCAUCUGGCCAAGAGAAGGAUAUGGCAAGGGAGGAAGGGCCCACUGCACCUAAUGAGGUGGUGAACAAUGCUGCUGAGAUUGACCUCAAUCAAGAUGAGGCAAUGGCUGACCUUGAGUUGGAUGAUGUUGAGGACUUGGACCUGGACCUUGGAGAUGAGGCUGAGAACCAUGGUGAAGCUGAGAACCAUGGUGAAGCUGAGAACCAUGGUGAGGCUGACAACCUUGGGGAAGAGGAUAACACCAGUGAAAAGGAGGCCACUGGUGAUGAAAAUGACUUCACUGAGGGUGAAGGCAUGACUUAUCCUAUCUCCGAGGAGAUUGUCCAACUCCAGGCUAACGUGGCAACUCAGAAUUUCACCAUCCUGCAGCAGCAGAUGUCCAUUGAUGGACUCAAGAAGCACACUCAGAACCUCGAGGCUAGGCUGAGCAUUACCAUGAAGGAGACUUGGCUCGACCUGGUGGAUUCCACCAUGAUCCUUGCGAAUGUGCGCCCCGAGGCUCGCGUCACUGCAGCUACUCGUGCGUUGGACGAGGUGGCCCGCAGGGCAGCGUAUGGCGCUAAGAAGCAGGCACAGGGACCGUUUGAAUGGCCGGAGUUCUGCACCGCGCUGAAGGAGGCAUUCAUGGUCAAGAAGUCCGACCUGGAACUGCGCGGACGCCUUGAGCGUAUCAAGUGUCAUGACCGUUCGGUGCAGGAAUAUGCGGUCGAGUUUGAGGCCGCAGCACGCUUGCUCCAAAAGCCCUUGGCUGAGGAGGAGAUGAUGCACAUCUUCAUGAAGGGCCUCCCUGUCAACCUGCAGGAGGCACACAUGACCGGCGGCAUGACCAAUUGGACGACUUACAAGGAGAUGAAGGAGCAGGUGAUCAAAACCGACAACAUCAUUCGCACGUACAUUUUUGGCCCCGAAAAGACAGGCCAGCAGCCCCGUGCUGAAGGCUCUGGUGGUCAUGGGAACCGGCCCCAGAAUGCGAAGGGUGGAAGCGGUAGGAACAAAAGGCCUUUCCAGCAGCGUGAUCACCAGCCGGGUCCACAGGCCAAGAGGCCUAACGGAGGGGGAGGUCAUGGUCCUAACAAGCCGGAUUUCUCCGACCAGCGGUGCAGAGGCUGUGGAAGGAUGGGGCAUAUCGCAUCCCAGUGCCGUAACAAGAACCCAAUCAAGUAUUCUGGGAAGCCUAAGCAAGACGGCGCUGGAUCUUCUGGAAAGAAGGAUUUUCAGAAGCCCAACUAG